GUCAAAAUAGGUUAAGUUAUGUUAUGAUUUUCUAAAUAGUGCUAAUUUUUAAAUCACCUGGCGGUAUUUAAUUUGAAAUGUUUUUAAAGAAAAUUUUACGAUAUGGUUCAGUCAUCUCAAAGUGUAAACAGAUCUCCAUUAACAAUAAUUGCACCAGAUCUUUUCAACUUUCUGCUAAUAGAUAUGAAGAACAAAAAGAUAAAAAGUCAUUAGUUAUUAAGGAUUCUUUUGAAAACAUGCAAAAUAAAAAUAAAAAUUCAUAUCUUGAAAUGGUAAAGAUUUUUGUAAACAGAGAUCAUAUUUAUCGAAGGGGUCAUGUAGAAUUUAUUUACUCAGCCUUGAAAAAUAUGGAGGAAUUUGGUGUCAAUAAAGAUUUAGAAGUUUACAAAGCCUUAUUAGAUAUAUUACCUAAAGGAAAAUUUAUUCCUCAAAAUAUGAUCCAAGCUGAAUUUAUGCAUUAUCCCAAGCAACAACAAUGUGCUAUCGAUCUUCUGGAACAAAUGGAGGAUAAUGGGGUUAUGCCUGACAUUGAAAUGGAAAGUUUAUUACUAAAUAUUUUUGGGAAAAGAGGUUAUCCACUUAGAAAAUACUGGAGGAUGAUGUACUGGAUGCCUAAAUUUAAAAAUCUAUCUCCUUGGCCUGUACCUGACCCUUUACCUAAAGACACUUUUGAUUUAGCCAAGUAUGCUAUUGAAAGGAUUAGUAGUGUUGAUGUGAACUCUGUUGUUAGUGUAUACCAAACUGUAGAUAUUCCAGAUUCAAUAGAUGAUACCUGGAUUGUUAGUGCACAAAGUAAAACACAAAGACAGUUGCUUAGUGAACAUAAGAUAGAUGAGCCAAUUUUCGUAGAAGGCGCUACUAAAAUUUGGAUAAAAGGAAACCCUAUAAAUUAUUUUGUAUUAAGAGGAGAUCCAAAACCAAUUGUAGCAGAAGACAAAGAUCCUGAUGACGUCAGUGAUUUAAAAGUAUCGUUAUUUAAUAUUAAACCCCCUACAGUCAAACAUGUUAAAGUAAUUCCUUCAGUUCAUGAACAGGAGGAUGGUGUGAUAUUUUCAGUAUGUGCAACUGGAACAUCAAGUAAAGACUCUUUAUUGUCAUGGAUUAGGCAUCUUGAAAAAGAUGGUUAUCCUAAUUUAGGAAAAGUACCUGUUGUAUUUAAAUUAAAAUCAGCUUCUAGGGAAGUAGCCAAUUUAGAAACACCUGCAGAAGAAGAAAAUAAGAAAAUAGAUGAAACAUAGCAUUGGAGAUUAAAUUUAGUUAAAAUAAAUUAACAUAUUGUUAUGUUUUUGACACUUUUUAAAUAAAUAGGAUGUUCUUUUAGGAACACCACAAACU